CAAAAAAUGACAAUGGCAUCAUCAUCACCUGCCUCUCCUAUCAAACAAACAAACAACGAAAAUCUCAAGAAGAAUAGAAUUCAAGUCUCCAAUACAAAGAAGCCACUCUUCUUCUAUGUCAAUCUUGCAAAGAGGUACUUACAACAACAUAAAGAGAUUGAACUUUCUGCUUUGGGCAUGGCCAUCACUACCGUUGUAACAAUAGCUGAGAUUCUGAAAAAUAAUGGAUUUGUGACCGAGAAGAGUAUUGUCACCUCCACUGUUGGAAUGAAAGAUGUAGCUAAGGGCCGUGUAAUUCACAAAGCUAGGAUCGAAAUUGUGCUGGAGAAGUCCGAGAAAUUCGAUACGCUAAUAGCUGCAACUGCAAACGGCAAAGUUGAAAAGAAGUAGUAGGUACUAUGAAGAAGAUAUAUGACCCCUCUUGGCUUCCCAAAUAUGAUCAUAGCAAUUCUUGUAUUGUAUGGCAGUUUAGAUACGAGAAUAGCUAAUACUUGGAAUUCAUAUUUUAAUAGUUAUUACAACGUUAGGUUUUCUUAGGAAGCAAAGUGAAUCCCCAGUCCCAUGUUGUAUAGAAGAGAUGUGGCUCCAAAUUAAUUGUAUAUAUUUGCUUCCUUUAUUUUGUAACUUUUUCCUACAAUUUCUGUGCAAUCUUUUUUCUUAUUAAGAUACUGCAAGUAUUUAUGGAACUAUUCAA